CCAUCUUGUAUCUGGUAGACUCCAAGAAAACCUUAAAGUGAUUCAAGAUGCGUUACAUUGCUGCUUACCUGCUCGCUGUCCUUGGUGGCCACACCACCCCCACUGAGAACGACGUUGAGAAGAUCCUCAAAUCGAGCGAUGUGGAGGUCGACAAGGCUCGCGUGGCUGCUGUGAUCAAGGCCAUGGAGGGCAAGACGGCCGAGGAGGUGAUCGCUGCUGGUAGCGAGAAGCUCGCCAAGUUUGGCUCGGCUGGCGCGGCCCCUGCUGCUGCUGGCGGUGCUGCUGCCGGCGCCGAGGCCGACAAGGUCGAGGAGAAGGCCGUUGAGGAGGAAGAGGAGGUCGACAUGGGCGGCGGCAUGGACAUGUUCGGCGGAGACGAGGACUACUAAGUGUCUUUCGUGUCAACUUUUGUCAACAGCGGCAUUGGAGCCAUUAAUCUCCAAUCUACCAGAGUAACACAUCUAGUCAAUGGAACAGGAUCAUUACUGA